AUGUGUAGUCGUCCAUCCUUAUCUUUGAUACGUUUUCAAGCAACAUCUCCAUUAAUUUAUACAUUAUCAUCAAAUGAUUGUCGUACAUUAUUAAAAGUUCUUGUUAGUAGUUUACGUCAUAUAACAUGGAUAUUAGCUGAUGUUAAAAUAUCUGAUAAUCUUGUUACACAACCAAAACAAUUUCCACCAUCAAUAACAAUUCUAUAUAUAAAAUUUUUUAAAUAUAUUCUUCAAUGUUUAAUUAUAUUUUUUGAUUCGACAUCAACAACAAAUUCAAAUGGAAAUUCUUCAACAAUAAAUAAUACAAAUAAUGCAACACGUAAUAAAGAAGAAAAAGAAAUAAUGGAUAUGAUUGCAAGUGUAUUUAUUGUUAUGCAUAAACAAAAUUAUCGUGAAAUAUUUGAAAAUAAUCUAUUAUAUUUUUAUCAAUGUGCUAAUAAAAAUCCAAAUAUAACAUUAAUUAUGAAUACAUUAUUACAACAAUCACCAUCAUCAACAAUAUUGGUUGAAUUAUUACUUGAAUUUCUUUUACCACGUAUAAAUGAAAUAGGUGAAACAAAUAAUACAAAUAAUGCUUGUUUAAAAUUAUUUAAAUUAGUUAUAAAUAGUGUUGUUACAACAACAUUAGCUAAUGAAAAUGAAAAAAUUCUUCAACCAUAUUUAAAACAAAUUAUUCUACGUUCAAUUGAAUGUGCACAAUUAACACAAGAUCCAUAUAAUUACUUUAUAUUAUUACGUGCACUUUUUCGUAGUAUUGGUGUUGGUAAUCAUGAAUUAUUAAAUCAAGAAUUUUUAACUUUAUUACAUUUUCUUUUACAACGUUUAAAUGAAUAUCAAUCAUGUAAACAUCGACAAAAUUUACGAGAAUUAUUUAUUGAAUUAUGUUUAACUGUACCUGUACGUUUAAGUGUUUUAUUACCAUAUUUACCAUUAUUAAUGGAACCAUUAGUUAAUGCAUUAAAUGGUUCAUCAACAUUAAUUUUACAAGGUUUACGUACAUUAGAAUUAUGUGUUGAUAAUUUACAACCAGAUUUUCUUUAUAAUCAUAUUUUACCUGUACGAAGUAGUUUAAUGAUAUCAUUAUAUCGUUUAUUAAGUCAUUCAAAUAAUGAUAUUGCACAAAAUACAUUUCGUAUAUUAGGUAAAUUAGGUGGAAAUAAUCGACGAAUACUUAAUGAACCACAACAAAUUAAAUAUGAUAAUGAUGAUUUUGAUAUUGAACAACAAAAUGAAAUUUAUGUACAAAUGUCGUUUGAAAAUGAAUCGAAAUCAAUUAGUAUACCUUUAAUAAAAAUUCUUCGAACUUGCUCUGAUCAAUUAAAAUCUAAUAUAACUGAUCAACAUCAAAUAAAACGUCAAGCAUGGCUCAUAGUUCGAAGUGUUCUUUCUGUUCUUAUUACAAAUGAUGAUGAUCAUGAUCUUGUUACACAUCUUCUAAAUCAUCCGAGUUUUUUAAAUGGUACAAUAUCUCAAUGUCCAUUAAUAUGGAAUACAAAUAUUGAAAUAAAAUCUCGUUAUGGUCAUGCUUUACUUCUUCAAUGUCUUCAUCAAGCUGCUACAUGCAAAACAUUAACUGAUGAUGUUCUUCCAAUAUUAAAAUCUACUAUUCAACAUUAUACACUUGUUUCAUUAACACAACAAAUAGGUCCUUUAAUUUCUGAUACAUAUGAUACAAAUGAUACUAUUGAUUGUUCAAUAAUUUUAAUUGAUUGUAUAGUUUAUUGUUAUAUUGAUAUUGAUGAUGAAUUAAAUUCAAUUGGUCGUAUAUCAUUUGAAACAUUAUUUAAUAUAUUACUUAUUAUAUUUAAUAAUGAUUAUCAACGUAUAACACAAUUACCAUUAAUAAAUUAUUUAAUUCAUACAUUAUGUAACCAUUGUUAUGAUCGUAUGUGGUAUUCAAAACAAGGUUCAUGUCGUUUUCUUCAUCAAUUAUGUUUAAAUUAUUUUCGUAAAGAAACUAAUUGGUUUCUCGAAAAUCUAAAUCAAAUACUAAAUGGAUAUUUUCAUGUAAUUAUAUCUUUAACUGAUGAAAUAUCAUCUGGUACAUUAGAUAUAUUAUCAACUAUGAUAAAAGAAUUUCUUGACUAUUAUGCUGAAAUUAAAUCAAAUGAAAAUCUUAAUGAAAAUUUAAUUGAAUUAUUAAUUAAUUAUUUAUUUUCACCAAUAAGUUAUAUACGUAAUUUAAUAUAUGAUUGUUUACGACAAUUAAGUUGUCUAUUUCAACAACCAAUUAUACGUUUAAUUGAACCAUUUAAAAAUGAUUUAAUUAAAAAAUUUUCAUCAUCAAAUAUAUUACCAUUUAAAAAUCAAUCAUUAAUCUAUCAAAUAACAUAUUUAGAUAUAUAUAUUUAUUUUCGUACAUUAGAACCUAAAAUAACAUAUAUUACAUUAUAUGAUGAUGAUUUAUUUAAAGAAUUAACAACAUUUUUAUUUGAUGAAAAUGAUUUAAUUAAAUCAUCAUCAUAUCGUUCAUUAACACAACAUCAAUUAACAUUAAAUAUAUUAUUAUUAAAAAAAUUAUCUAUACGUACAUUAGCUGAAUAUUAUGAACAAAUUGAAUAUCGUGAUCGUGUAUUAAGAUUAUUUUAUAAAAUAUUAACAACAAUACAAUCAAAUGAAUUACAAUUAAUUGCAUAUGAAUCAAUUGAAAAAAUAUUUAAUGGUCAUCAAAAUGAACAAUUACGUUUACGUUUUGUUGAUUUAUAUAUACAAAAAAUUCCAUUUCAUGAUUAUGAAAAAUUAAAUUUAACACCACAAAUAGCACAAACAUUAUUUUAUUUAUCGAAAUUAUCACCUAAUUCAUUUGAUGAACGUCUUUGUGAACAAAUUCUUAAUUUAAUUCGAAGAUUAAUGCAAAAUAUUGCACAAGCAUUUCGUUCAAUUAUUGAUACACAAAAUCAAUUUUAUAAAACUUGUUUAAUUUUAUUAGAUUUAUUAGCAACAUUACCAAGUUCAUCGAAGAAAAUUAUUGAAUCAUUAACAAUUCUUAUUCUAAAAUUUGAUAAACAUCUUAUGAUUGAAUCAAGUAGUUCAUGUCGUAAAUAUUUAAUUGAAUUAUUAAUUCGUCAUCCUCAAUUAAGUCUCGAUCAAUUUAUAAAUGAUGAAAAUCGUUUACAAGAUUUACAAUGGAGUCGUCUUUUUCUUGAUUUAUUAAAAAGUUCAUCAUCAUCAAAUAUUCAAACAUUUGUACGUACAAAUUGGCUUGAUCGUUUUCGACAAAUUCUUAGUGAUCAUAUUGUUUUUAUUGAAACAACACAAAAUAUACCUUCAAUAAUAUGUAUUACAAUACGUUCAUUAUCAAUAUUAGCACGUACAGAUCAAUUAUGGUGGUCAAGACAACAUGAACUUGUUUCAUUAUUAUUACGUUUAUGGCGUUCAAAUACAUUUCAACAACAUUCAUUUUUAUCAUCAGAACAUUUUGAUUCAUUUUGUACAAAAGAAUUAAAUAAUGUUCUUAAUUUAUGUUUAAUUUAUUAUCAAUAUCAACCUGAACGUAUACGUUUAUUACUUGAAUUAACACGUAUAUAUUCAUGUAUUGAAAAAUUAUUUUAUCCAAAAAGAUUCUUUAAUUUUAUACAAGAUACUAUUAUAAAAACCUAUUCAUUAAAAUGGAAACGUGAUGCAUUAUUAUCAUUUAUAUCAUUACGUAAUGAUGAAUCCUAUACAUUAGAAUGUAAAUCAUUAUUUUUUGAAUAUAUUUUAUUACCAUCAUUUACAUAUGAAUUUGAAAAUAAUAAAAUUCAAAUAAAUAAUGAAUUAUUUCAAAUAAAUUCAAAUAGUGAUGAAACAAUUAUUGAUUUAUUUAUACGAACAAUGAUUGAUAAAAAAUAUCUUCAUCAAAUAAAUGAUAAAUAUCGUAUAUGUUUAUUACGUUUUUUAUGUUUAUUUCUUGAAUAUAAACCACAAUUAAUAUGUGAUACAAAUUCCUCAAUAACAAAUAAACGUGAUAAUGAAAAACUUCGUCGUGUUAUGGAAUGUGCAUAUGAAACAUUAUCAAUGAAUAAUAUUGAUUCAACAUUUAAAUGUCAAGCACAUUUAUUACUUUGUUAUAUUAUAUCAAAAUAUCCUAUUGUUAAACGUAUAAUAACAAAUGUUUUUACAAGUUUAUUAAAAUCAUAUAUUAUUGAUGCUAAAUAUUUAGUACGACAAGCAACUGAUUUAUUAAUACCAGCUAUACCAAUACGUAUGGAUGAUGGUUAUGAUAUAUUAGCUGAAUAUACAAAAAAAAUUCUUUCGGAUGAUGCACAUGGAAAUUUACAAUUAAUGCAUAUUAUGACAAUUAUUGUACGUCAUCAAACAAUUUAUUUUCAUGUACGAUAUAUAUUAGCUAAUUUAAUGAUACAAUCAGCACAAAGAAUAGCUGGACAACAAACAAAUUCAAUGGAACAUAAAAAAUUAGCUAUUGAUAUUAUUGAAGUUAUUAUUAAAUGGGAAUUACGAAAACAUUAUGAACAAAUAAAUGAGCAAAAAAAUUUUAAUCGAUCAUUAAUUGAUACUAUAUUUAAUUUUCUUAUUAGACAUGCAUGUCAAAUUAAUUUACAAAAUAUGUUACCUUUAUCACAACAAUGUAUUAGAUUAUUUAAAAUUGCAAGAAAAUUUGCAUGGCCUAAUGUUGAUAUUAAAUUAACAACAUUUGAAAGAUUAAUACAUCAAAUUGAAUCACCCAAUAUUACAGCACACAAUUCAAUUGCCAUUGCUAUUGAUCUUCUUGCCUUUCUUAUAUCAACAUUUACUGUUAUACAAAUAAAAUAUACAAUGCGUACAUUAAAACGUUCUUUAAUAACAUGUGUAUCAAUAACAAAUAAUCCACGUUUAGUUGAAUCAAUGCAAAAUCUCUUUAGUAAACUUAUUGUACAAAUUCCUAUUGAACCACCAGCAGCUAUUAUUCCAACAACAGCAACAAAUACUCAACAAGGUUUAUCACCACAACUUGUUCAAGCAACAUUAGCUUCAUUAGCAACAGCUACAACAAAUAAUCAACAACCAAUUUUAACAAAUAAUUUACCAUUAUCAACACAUGCAGCAAGUAAAAGUGAAGAUAUUGAACAGUUCUAUACGAUUAUAACAAAAACAAUUAUUGAUAAUAUGAAUAAUACACCAACAUCAAUUGUUAAUACAACAGAUAGGUAA